GGAUAAUUCCCAUUAUAAGUGCACAUAAAAACUAUAAACACAUGAACUCUGAUACUAGAAUUCUUAAUCCUACAAUCCGGUUCGAAACAUACACUUCUUCAAGCGUUACUGAUAUAAAUACUAGUCAAAAACAAAAUGAUCCAAAACAUAGUAAACUAAUAAUUUACAGUAAACAAAUGCAGAUAGAUGAUGACGAUGAUGAAUUCUAUACGCCUGUUAAUAUUUAUCGUGAACAUAAAAAUCAUUUAGAGCAAGAUAAAAGAGUCCGUAAAGAAUUGGACACCCAAAUGCUUGAUGACCUUUACGAACCUAUUCAAAAAGCUUUUCUGCAUAAUUCAAAACUUUUAACGUCGAAGAAUGUUGAUAUUUCUUUUGGUGGCAAUGAAAUUAUCACGACUGGAAUGUGGAAUUCUAAUUAUAAUGAAAGUUGUUAA